AUGCAACGACCAUCUACGCCACCCCUUUACCGUCCCCCUUCCAACAUCCCUUUCCACAUUCAUCUGGCCACCUGGUCCAAUCGAGAGAUCGACUCGUUCCUUCAACUGCAACGAUGCGGGCAUCAUUCCAAAAAGUUCGAGGACAAUGACAUUACGGGCAGCGUCAUCCUCGAGCUCGGAGCGGACGAGCUAAAGGAACUCGGCGUGAACAAGGUUGGAGAAAGGGUCCGCCUUUUAGGAGCCAUAAGGGAGUUGAAGAAGAGGAAUUCCACCUCCCUGGCUGGGCUGAAUGUGGGAACGGGGAGGGAUAGCAGUAAUGGGGGAAGUACGCCGGCCAGUGCGAUGGCGCAUCACGAUUAUGCCAAUCGGCCACCCAAUGAUCCCGCCAAGUCGCUACAGGACCACCAGAACGAGACGGGUGCGACGGGCCUGUCUAGAAGUCGCAGCGGGACAGGAGGUUCUCUAAGAAGACUACAUGCGACUCGACCACCCCCGCUUCAUUUGCAUAGCAGCUCGCAUGGCCAGAUCAACGUGCAGAACAAUGCCUCUGCUCAGCCGGGCAGGGGAGACAGCAAUGUACGCCCAGACCAACACAACAGCAACGGCAUGAGCUCUACGGCGACGACGCCUCGAGGGAUGCCGGCAUCUGGAGUUUCGGACAUGAAUGGCCCAGGAUCGAACGGAGCUCCCGUCGCCAACUCCAGUAACUACGGGACGUCUCCUCCCGGUUCAUCGACCCAUCCUAGACGCGCGCCGAGUCCCCUUCCGGGCGCGUCUUCCAGUAAUCCUGUGCCGAUAGCUCGGAGGGGAUCGAACGAGUACAUGGCAAGGCCACUUCCUGGACUUCCGCCCGAGGAAACGACGGCUGGUCGACCGAAUGACGGGCUCUGGCAGGAGAGGUCUGAAGAUUUCGCUAGGAAGUCGUCUGCGGGCAAUGGGGCGUCGAGGCCGAACGGCGGAUCAUUCGGUUCGACUAGGUCAGGCGGAGGGUCGGAAGGUCGACCGGCUACGUCUAGCGGGGCUCUAGGUAUACCCGUCACGACGACACAUCGCAGAGGAGCGAGUACAGUUCCGACGUCUCAAGCUCCGGCGAGUCGAGGCUUGUCGACGAUAUCAACCUCCGAUCCCAGACGAGCUGGUUCCAAACGGCCUAGUACGGAUUCGGGGACCAGCGUCCAUCCUUAUGCCGCUUCGGCCCCCCGGUCAAUCAAAGGCCAUAGUCCAACUAAGGGGUCCGGAUCGCCUACAAAGUCCAGAUUUGACGCGAAUCGGGGUGCCUCGGAAGGGCAAGGCGAUAUCACCCCGACUUAUCCAAUGUCGAGCGAGAACCGGAAAUGGUAUAAUUCACCCUCCCGUAGUCCGAACGACGAAUACGUGCACGUCAAGGGACAAAGGAGUUGGUCAGACCGCUGGGCUUCCGAGAAAUCUAGCACGCCGACCUUGUCUCUCGAGGACGUCAAGCGAAAGCUGGUCAAGUUCAUCUUGGCGGAAGACGAGACGUCCAGGACGAUCGACGUGGAAGCCUGUCAGAACGGGUUCGAGGUGCUCGAAAAGGCCCUGCGCAAGUUUGGGAAAUGGAGAGGGAUAGCGCGAGGCGGAGCGACGGGUUUGAGUGAGAGUGAAUCGGAGAAUGACGAGACGAGUUGUCUAGACGUCGAUGGGUGGGGUGUGUUCUUGCAGAAGAAUGACGAUUCUGCCCCACUCACAGAAGCGGAGCUGCUCGCGGUCUGCUAUGCGCCACCUACAGACCCUGCAAGAGAGAACGGACUCUAUCUGAAACAGAUGAGAAUCCUCCCGAACCGCAAGGAUAUCGGAUCUAUCUUUGGUGACAACCCGCCUGCCUCUGCACUUUCGCCUACAUCCCCAACCUAUUCGUUGGCAAUGUCGGCUCGUACCCGGGACUCGCCUCGCACGGCCACCUCGUUGCGAGGUGCCAAUCAAACGCACCGAGCCAGCACGAUCAGCGUCAUGUCUGCCUUGGGCGUGCCAGUAUCCGACAAUGCUUCCAAACCGGUGGCUGCACCACAGGCUCCCCUACCCAAAUCACCCUCGUCAGGAUCCUUUUUGGCUAGUCGAGGGCGCAGGAUGUACAACUUCUUUGGCCAUCGACCGCCGAGCGAACUCAUCUCGAGCCAUCUUGCUGAAUACUUUCCGGCUGCCAAGAGGAAGGAUCUCGAAAAGGGAGCGAGGAACAGCAUGCUGCGGCUCGGGAGCAAGGGUGAUUUGGAUAAACUGCGAAGCAGCAUCGAUUCGACUCGUCACAGCCUCGAUGCGAAUCGGCUUCCGUCUAGGUUCAGCGUGGCGAGCUCGAACAGUUCUCAUCGAAUGAGUCGAGCUUCCAGCUACAAGAAUGCAUCAAUCCCUCCUGCCGCCGCUAUUCCCGAGGAGCGACUCGAGGUGAGCGAAGUCCCACGGUUAUCAGUAUCGGGAGACGAUGGGCUCGAGUCCAGACCCGCCUUUGACGAUAGUGGAGCAUCCACACCGGCGGGAGGAGCGCCGCUUUUGCCGCCCUUUGAGCCGUCUGAGGAAUCGCUCUCGGAUUCGAUGCCUAGCUUCGGUUCUCGACCUCGGCCCGCCUCGAUCAUGCAGGACCGUCGGAAUUCUGUGCGCUCGACAACGGGUAGACGGCUCAGCACCGUCUCGAGUCGUCGAAAGAGCCGCCGUGUCUCGGACACUGCGAGCCUUUUGACGGUGGAUGAGAUCACGGCCGAGGUGGAGAACAGGCGGGCUAGCGUGAUCACUUUUGCCGAAUCCGAAGAGGAGGCCGAGGACGAUCACUUUUUGGCUCCAGAGAAUAUCCGCUUGAGCAAAGCCUACAGUCCUGGGUUGGUACCUGAAGAGGAAGGGGAAGACUCGGAAGAGGAGGCGUCGGAGAGCUCCGAGGAGGAGACGUCUGAUGAGGAAGGAAGCGAGGAGGAAGAAGAGGAAGAGGAAGAGGAAGAGGAAGAGGAGGACCAGCAUGGAAAGGCUGUGACGUCGACCGGCACCAACCGAUCCAUCAAAUGGAUAAAGGGAGCUCUUAUCGGUCAAGGUUCCUUCGGCAAGGUCUACCUCGGCAUGGACGCCCAGACAGGUCUGCUCAUGGCCGUCAAGCAGGUCGAUCUCGAGAUGGGUGGGACGGGAAGCGAAGAAAGGAAACAGAGCAUGGUCACUGCGAUGCAACAGGAGAUUGCGCUGUUGAAAGACUUGCAGCACGAGAACAUCGUGCAAUAUCUCGACUCAUCGACCGACCAAUCGCACCUGAACAUUUUCCUCGAAUACGUCCCCGGUGGAUCCGUCACCGCUCUCUUGAACAACUAUGGCGCGUUUGAGGAAGCGCUCGUCAAGAACUUUGUCAGGCAAAUCUUGACCGGCUUGGACUACCUGCACGAGAGGAACAUCAUCCAUAGAGAUAUCAAGGGUGCGAACAUCCUGGUCGAUAACAAGGGUGGAGUCAAGAUUUCCGAUUUCGGGAUCUCGAAGAAGGUCGAGAACAACCUGUUGUCCAAUAUGCGCCUCAACCGAGCCUCUCUCCAAGGUUCCGUCUUCUGGAUGGCGCCCGAGGUGGUCAAACAGACGGCGUAUACGAAAAAGGCCGACAUCUGGAGCGUGGGGUGUCUGGUGGUAGAGAUGUUGACGGGAGAGCACCCAUGGCCAAACUUGACGCAGAUGCAGGCCAUCUUCCGGAUUGGGACGGCGGCUCGACCCACGAACCCGUCCGACAUUUCACAGGAAGCGGCGGAUUUCCUGGACAUCUCGUUCUUGAUCGAUCAUGAGAAACGACCCACGGCCAAAGAAUUGCUGGAGUAUCCCUUUUUGGUCAAGGUGUAGGAGGUAUGGGGAGAGCGUUCGAGAAUGACAUUGCUGCGGUAUUGAACGCCGGGGAAGAGCUUGGCGGGAGGUGCCAGGUGAAACCGGUUCAUCAUGAGGCUGGUCUAGGGUUGUACAUUACGAAUAUCAUAACGAGAAGCGAGAGAUCCAUUACGAGCUACGA